UUUUCAAAAGAUUUCUACUUUCAACAUAAUAAAUAGUCGCGCAAAGCAUCAUGAGCAGAUCAGGUGAUCUUCCAUAAAGUGACUUAGUGGGGAAGCCCGCCAUAAAUUGUUGAGAUUUUGAUUCCAUUCAUUGGUUUUAUCAUCUUAUCCUUUCUCUCGUCUAUGUAGUACGUAGUAGUUCUUCCAAAUGAUGUCGUUGUGCUUGACUAAUCCCAUGAUGUCGUUGUCUUCGUUCCAUAUUAACAUUGAUUUUGACUCUUCAACUUCAGUUCAAUCUGUAUUUGGUUUUAUGUCAGAGUUUUCAUCUUCAUCUUCAACUUCAAAUAAUAGUGAAAUAAGUAUAUUAGGCUAUUCAGGAAGAUCAUGCGUGUUUCAGGUGGUGUUGUAACCUCGUCUAUUAAUGCCGGAAGUACUAGCAGGUCCUUGAGGAAAAUGGGCGAUGCACCUGCUACGGAAAAUAGUACACCUAAUGCAGUAGAAAAUUCACCGUCACCAACGAAAAUUGGAGCAGCUAGAAUAGGAUCUACUUCAAGCAGUGGGAACAAGCAGGUUGUGAAUAAGAUCGGCGCAUUAAUAGCAGGACCUGGAAGUGGAACUUCAGAAGCAAAGAUUAAGGCUCAGCUUUCAAUGGUCUUUGGGGUUGGUCACUGAGAUCGAAGAAGCGGCCGCUUUAGAGAACAGGGGAAAACGAAGGGAAAGGGGAGAGCUUUGAAGGGGAGAGCUUUGAAAGGGGAAAGCGACCACUGAAGGCUGAGCUUUAAAAAGCGCUCUUCUUCUUCAGUUGUAAACAAGGCUUCGCAAAGUUCCUUGGCGCCGCAACCAUCAAAGAGCGCAACGAGUACGACUGUACGGACCUCGAACAACAGGAAGCUAAGACAUCUUCAGUGGGAAGCAACCGGAGUUUAG